GGGAGCGGUGCACACCGCGGGAGCGCAGUCCCAGUCCAGGGUCGCUGGAUCGCGGGCCCUUGAGGCCUCCCUCCUGCCUCUCCGCCUCUCCACCUCUCCCGGCUGGCCUUGAAACCUCGUCCAGCCUCACCACCCUCGCCAGUCCCCAGAGGUGUUUUUGGAAAAAGAAAAGCACAAUUCGGAUGGGAGAAAGGACAUGAGGAGACUAAAAAUCUGAAAUUUUGCUGAUCAGAAUGAAACCAAUGUUGAAAGACUUUUCAAAUCUAUUGUUGGUGGUGCUCUGUGACUAUGAAACUUGGGGACCGUGGCAGCCGUGGAGCCAAUGAGGCGCUACAUGUGGGGAUGGUGUCAGAGAACGUCGCUGAGUCUGUCUCACUUCCUUCCCCUCCAGACCUGGCUGCCCUGGAGUGUCCUCGGAGGCCUCCCCAUGUUCCCUGGAGGAGUGUGCUGCUUCCGGGCCAGCCAGCUCAUCCCCCCUUCCACCCCAGGGUCCGGCAAAGUCCAACAAUAUCGUGACGGUCACUGGGAUAUCCCUGUGCCUCUUCAUCAUCAUUGCCACCGUCCUCAUCACUCUGUGGAGGAGGUUUGGCCGGUCCCCCAAAUGCAGCACCCCGGCUCGACACAACUCCAUCCAUUCCCCCAGCUUCCGGAAGAACUCCGAUGAGGAGAACAUCUGCGAGCCAAGGGAGCAGCGGGGAAGCUUCUCGGAUGGGGGUGAUGGGCCUGGGGGGAGCCCAGGGGACACGGGUAUCCCUCUGACCUACAGGCGCAGUGUGCAGGUGACUCCUGAGGAUGACGCCUCUGGCAGCGAGAGCUUUCAGUCCAAUGCACAGAAGAUAAUCCCCCCUCUGUUCAGCUACCGCCUUGCCCAGCAGCAGCUGAAGGAGAUGAAGAAGAAAGGACUGACGGAGACCACCAAAGUGUACCAUGUGUCUCAGAGUCCCCUGACAGACACCGCCAUAGACUCUGCGGCCGGUCCUCCCUUAGACUUGGAAAGCCCAGAAGAAGCUGCAGCAAGUAAGUUCCGGAUCAAGUCUCCAUUUCUGGACCAGCCUGUGAGGCUGGGGAGUGGCGGGGAAAGGCUUCCCUCCAGGCUAGAUUUCAACAUGUCUCAGGCCAGUUGUGCCAUCAGCUCCAGCCAGACUCUGAUCCGCAAGUCCCAGUUGAGGCACACGAGUGGCAGAGGGGCCUCAUCAGAAAGGAGCCACCCCAGGAAUUCCCAUUUCAGGAGGACGGCUAGUUUUCAUGAGACCAAGCAACCCCGACCAUUCCAGGAGAGGAGCAUGUCCACUCUGACUCCAGGGCAGGCCCCCACCUACAGUUCUAGGAUGCGUACCUGGGACCAGGCAGAGGACAGGUUUAGGCCUCCGAGUCGAGGGGCUCACCUGGUUCCUGAGAAACUGGAGCUUUUCCAAGGAGCAGGUGGAAUCAGUGGUCCAUUGAGCCCUCUCCCUAAACCCUACACCAUGGAGCAGCCUGUGAGGAAAGCAGACCUGGGGGAUUGCCAGGCAGGACUAGUGGCAGGAGUGGAGAGAACAGAGCCCCACAGAGCUCGGAGUCACAGGAGUGUCUCAAGGAAGCAGUCUUCCCCCACGUCUCCCAAAGAUAGCUACCAGAGGGUUAGUCCACUGAGCCCUUCUCCAUAUAGGAAAGACAAGUGUCAGAGCUUUCCGGCCCAGCCGUUUGCCUUCUAUGACAACACAUCUUUUGGCCUCACUGAGGCUGAGCAAAGGAUGCUGGACCUCCCCGGAUAUUUUGGCUCAAACGAAGAGGAUGAAACCACCAGUACCCUUAGUGUGGAAAAGCUGGUCAUCUAGGUCAAGAAUCUGCCUGAGACUUCACACAAUAGGCGUCCUUUACUCAGGUUGCACUAUCAACUGCUCCCGUAGCUCCGUGGACUAUUUUGCGUAAUGGUUUCGUGAGGCAGAAUGUGGGAAGGGAGUUGCUCACACACUGGGGGGACAUGUGCAUAUGCAUGUGUUUUAAUUCAUAAGGAAGAAGUUAUUGAUCCUGAACUUUUCUUUUUGCUACCCUAUUUCUAUUGGCUUAUUACUAAUAGCAAUAAUAAAAUUUAAACUAAAGCAAAAAAAAAAAAAAAAAAGAAAUGUUUUAAGGGGGAGGAAGUAACUCCUAAAAGAGGACCUCAGAGGACCUCCAUUCUAUCCAAGAAGUAGAGUGUCUGACAUCUACCGAGAGGAAAGGGGCAGAGUGGGAAAAAGGGUUAGGAAUAACCUACUAUGGAGGACAUAGGAAUGGGAAGAAUCUCAGUUCACAAGUGGAUGUAACUGAAAUAUAUUCAAUUUUACUUGCUAUCAUUGGCUAAACUCCCUGCUAAAAGAACUAGUAUAGAUUUCCUUUAGACUCGGGGCAGAAUGAACAAUACAUGAAAUCAGAAAAACAUGCAAUCAAUGUACAUAAACAGAACAGCAACAGUCCUCUAGAGCCUCUACCUUCCUGAAAAAGUGCUUGCCUCUGUUCUCUAACCCCUUUCUCUAUACCUCUUCAAUUUUUUUUAACAAGGUUCUGAAGUUAUAAAUUUUAUUAUUAGUAGGGAUUACUGUGAAAAUCACUGAGAUUUAUGAGAUCCACAAAAAUGAAAAUCUCUCAAGCAACUUGUAAGGUGUUUUAGCAAGACCUUUCAAUCAUGUGUUUUAGAUAUUAUCAUUUUACAUGAUGAAAGAUGAAAUGCAUUUUCAACAUUUAGAAUUAUGACCAUAAUAGUAAUGAACACCACAUAACUCUCUGAUCCGGUAUGUAAAUUAUUUUUUAAUAACAGUACUAAAUUAUUACUAACCUUCACUCAGACAUUUUUAUUAAUAAGACCUUAGUUUAGAAAGCAGCCUAUGGCAUUGUUGUAUAUCAAUAACUGGUGUUCACAUAACUCUUAGAUUCUUACAUUGAUUUUUAUGUGUUAUGUUCAUCUCCUAGAUCCGUUACACAAAUGGCACAAAAUAAUGAUUGAAAUCUUUUUAACAACUCUCUACUUAGCUUCCUAAGCCUUGAAAACACAUUUUCCUUUUCUACUGAUUGUCUUUCAAAUAUGUAAAGAUAAUUUUACAUUCCCUUCUUUUCUUCAGGGUGAAGAAACCUAAUGAUUUUCUCAAGAUGGUUUUGAGAGUUUAGUGUUAAAAUUUAGGUACCUCCUAAUUUUUUUUUUGGGGGGGUGCUGGGGAUUGAAUUCAGGGGUAUUUGACAACUGAGCCACAUCCCCAACCUUAUUUUGUACUUUAUUCAGAGACAGGGUCUCACUAAAUUGCUCAGGGCCUCGCUAAGUUGCUGAGGCUGGCUUUGAACUCCCAAUCCUUCUGUUUCAGUCUCCUGAGCCACUGGGAUUACAGGCGUGUGCCAAUGUGCCCAAUUCCCCCUAAGUAUUUUCAAAACAGAAAAAAUACACGUUAUAUAUCUGCCCAGCAUAUGAACAUAUGGAGGAAGGCUAGUAAAUUCAGUAACAUAUCCUAUGUCCAUUGAAUUACAGCAUGCCUGCAAACUAUGUUUUCUUAUUCUCACAAUUUAUCACUGAGAAAAUGGAGUCAAUGGAGCCAAAGAGACAUGAAACAACCUGUCACAGUGAAGCCAGAUUUAAAGUUAGGUAUCAAGUAAGAUCUAAAAUGGAGGCCAUGCUAACAAUGAUUCCAGGGAAACACAGGACAACUCAUGAAAUGUUAAUGAAG